AUGGCUUCGAUUUUAAGUCGAUCAUUUCUCAUGAUGUCUCUUCGUAAAUCUUCUUCAUUUAAACGUUGUCCAUUAGUUUAUAUUCGUUCUAUUUCAUCUGAUCAUCAUCAACAUUAUCGUCCAUUAAUGCUUAUGGACCUUCCACGUAUUGCUUAUCCAAAUAUAUUUCUCAUCAUAAAAAAUUUCUUUUCUCGAAUUAUUAUUAAUGGACAUUUUGAUUCAACAUUUGCUAUAAAACCAUUUUGUGAUGGUGCUCGACAAGCAUUAACUGUUGUUUCAAAUUUAAUUGGUAAUGGUCAAUUUGAUGAUCUUCCUGGAUUUGUUACACGAGAGGUUAUUAAUGAAGUCAAACAAAAUUAUGAACAUUUAUCAUCUCAACAAAAACAACAAAUUCCUGUUGAAGAAGGAGAAAUUAUUUUUUCUUAUCCAUAUCUAAUUGGUCUUAUAAUGGAUGAACAAACAAAUACACGUAUGGUUGAAAUCAUAAUGAUUUUUCAUAUUCUGAAAAAUCCUGAAUCAUAUCGAGAUGAAAUGCUUGAAGGUUCUGGUAGUACUUUUUCAAAUUGGAUAUCAACAAUUAAAACAAUGCGUGAUAAUAUUAUUGUUUGUAAUUAUAAAUUUUCACGUAAUAUGAGUGAAAAUGCUCAAGAUAAUAGUUGGAUUAUUACUGGACUUAAUCAUUGGUUACCAAAUGAAUAUUUUCAACAAAAUUAA